GUGUAUUUUGAAUGUUGAACAAACUCGUCCCCAUGUGACACAGCACAAACCUUCUCUCUAUAUAUACUCCUUUCUAACAAGAAACUAUCACCAAUUAAACAACGCAGCAAGAACAGACGCUUUCUUUGAUUUCUUGAGUACUAUUGCAUUUCAUCAUGAUCUCUACCUGGAGGAGGAGGAGGGCGGCCCGCCGUGCAGCAGAGAAGCAGCGGCUAGAGGGUGAACACUGCAUCGACAUGGAGCUGGCCAUACCGAAAGAUUUUCGCUGCCCUAUAUCGUUGGAUUUGAUGAAGGAUCCGGUGACUUUGUCGACUGGGAUUACUUAUGAUCGUGAGAGUAUAGAGAAGUGGAUAGAGGCUGGGAAUGUAACCUGCCCCAUCACCAACCAGGUUUUGAGGAGUCUUGAGCCUAUACCAAAUCAUAGUAUACGUAAAAUGAUACAAGAUUGGUGCGUGGAGAAUAGGUCUUAUGGGAUUGAAAGGAUUCCUACGCCUAGAAUUCCUGUGAGUUCUGUUGAGGUUUUGAAAAUUCAGGCAAAGAUUACUGCAGCGGCUUGUAAAGGAGGGGAUCAAGUUGGAUGCCGAAAUUUGGUGGCCAAGAUCAAGACCCUGAUGAAGGAAAGCGAAAGGAACAAAAAACGUUUUGUGAGUAAUGGGACAGGUAGUGUAUUAUCAGCUGCUUUUGAAGAGUUCUCGAGAGCAUGUUUCAAUGAAAAUGCUACGGUUUUGGAGGAAAUAUUGUCGACUCUGACAUUAAUGUUCCCUCUUGAUGGAGAGGCCAACAGCCACCUUGGCUCGGCUGCUUCCAUGGAUUGUUUAGUCUGGUUCUUGAAGGGAGGAGAUUUAUCUGGGAGAAGAAACGCAGUUUUGGUGCUUAAAGAGCUUGUUUCGUCGGAUACCAAAAAAUUGGAGGUUUUAUCAGCAACUGAAGGAGCUACAGAGGGAUUGUUUAAGCUGAUUAAGGAACCCAUUUGUCCUGCUGCAACAAAAGCUUCUCUGGUGACCAUUUAUCAGAUGGUCACAUCAACCCCUACAAAUGUGAAGGCGAUUACCAAAUUUGUAGAUAUGGGUUUGAUCUCAUUGCUGGUAGAGAUGGUUGUAGAUACCGAAAGAAGCGUAUGCGAAAAGGGGUUAGGCGUUCUUGAUGGAAUCUGUAGCUGUGAUGAAGGGAGAGAGAAGAUGAAUGACCAUUCUCUAACUAUCCCAGUUCUAGUCAAGAAAAUUCAUAGAGUUUCAGAUUUGGCGACUGAGUUCUCUGUCUCCAUUUUAUGGAAGCUUUGCAAGGCUCAGAAGAGGCAAGAGGGAGGUGUUCUUCUUGAGGCUCUUCAAGUGGGUGCUUUUCAAAAGCUCUUGCUGCUCUUACAGGUUGGUUGUGGGGAGAGAACCAAAGAGAAAGCAACUGAAUUAUUGAAGAUGUUGAACCCUCAUAGGGAGAGAUUGGAGUGUAUUGAUUCUUCAGAUUUCAAGGACCUCAAAAGGCCCUUUUAAUUCAAAUUGAGGGAACCGCUUAGAAUCAAUUUUACCAAGAAGGCUUAAACCAUAUUUGCUUUUAGUUCAUGUUCCAUAAGAAAAAAAAAUGCAUACGUAUGCAAUUGCAGAUCUUGCCAUUCA